AUGAAAUUCUCCAGCGCCCUGCUUCCGCUGCUGGCGGCGCCUUUCGUUGCAGGAGAGCACACAUCCAACUGGGCUGUACUGGUGUCGACAUCGCGCUUUUGGUUCAACUACCGCCACCUCGCCAACGUCCUCUCGCUCUACCGUACCGUCAAGCGUCUCGGCAUCCCCGACUCACAGAUCAUCCUCAUGCUGCCUGACGACAUGGCCUGCAACCCCCGCAACGCCUUUCCCGGCAGCGUGUACAACAACGCCGACCGCGCUCUGGACCUGUAUGGAGACAACAUCGAGGUCGACUACCGAGGCUACGAAGUCACAGUGGAGAAUUUUAUUCGUCUUAUGACAGACCGUGUAGGCGAGGACAUUCCACGGAGCAAGCGCUUGAUGACGGACGAGCGUAGCAAUAUCCUUGUGUACAUGACAGGACACGGCGGUAACGAGUUUUUGAAGUUUCAAGACGCAGAAGAGAUCAGCGCUUUCGACCUCGCAGACGCGUUUGGUCAGAUGUGGGAGAAGAAACGCUAUCACGAGAUGCUUUUCAUGAUAGACACCUGCCAAGCCAACACCAUGUACUCGAAGUUUUACUCACCCAACAUCCUCGCAACCGGCUCCUCCGAAAUCGACCAGUCUUCCUACUCGCACCAUGCCGACCAAGACGUAGGCGUCGCCGUCAUCGAUCGCUACACGUACUACAACCUCGAGUUCCUAGAAACACAGGUUCGCGACCCAACGUCGAAGCUCACCAUGGGCGAACUUUUCGAUAGCUACGACGAAGAAAAGAUCCACUCGCACCCAGGCAUACGCUACGAUUUGUUUGAGGGCGGAGAGCACUCAGCAAGGAACAGGCUGGUUAUGGACUUUUUCGGAAACGUGCAGAACGUAGAGGUGGAGGGAGAGAAGAGGAAUGAAACACGGUGGAAACAAGAGCUAGAGGCUAUCGAGAAAAUGAUUCUUGAGGCGAAGAGGAGGCACAACGAGAGCUUGAGUAUGGAUGCUCGGGUACAACGCAUUGCUGAAGAAGCAAAACCGGCUCAAAGUUUCAAGAAGCAAGGUGCGGCUAUGGUACGUGAGGAGCAGAGUUGGUCUAAGCAAAUCGUUGGUGCUGUGGCGUUGGCAGUUUGUGCUGUAGCCUGGGCUGCAGGGAGCUGGCUCGAGUCGUGA